UGUGGGAGGCGAGCGCCGGGCCUCGGGGCAGGCCUCUGUGCGCAUGUCAAGCCCCCUUCGCCUGUCCUUAGAGCCACCACCUGCCCUGUGACCAUGAUAGUGUUUGUUAGGUUCAACUCCAGCCAUGGUUUCCCAGUGGAAGUCGAUGCAGACACCAGCAUCUUUCAACUCAAGGAGGUGGUUGCUAAGCGACAGGGGGUUCCAGCUGACCAGUUGCAUGUGAUUUUUGCAGGGAAGGAGCUUAGGAAUGACUUGACACUGCAGAACUGUGAUCUGGACCAGCAGAGUAUAGUCCAUAUUGUACGGCAAGCCCAGAGAGAUGAUCAAAAAGGGGAUGAAUCUGGACAGAACAAUCCUGGACUCUCUAGAAGAGUCACAGGUAGUGAACCUGAGAGCUUAACCCGAGUGGACCUUGGUAGCAGCAUCCUCCCUGCUUAUUCUGUAGGCCUGGCUGUUAUUCUGGGUAAUGAGGACAAGGAUGCACCACAUCAAAGUGGAAAUUCAGGUACACGCACUUACAACAGCUUCUAUGUUUUCUGCAAAGGAGACUGUCAAGAUGUUCAGCCAGGAAAACUCAGGGUACGGUGCAGCACCUGUAAACAGGCAACACUGACCUUGGACCAGGGUCCAUCAUGCUGGGAUGAUGUCCUGAUUUCAAACAGGAUGAGUGGCAUUUGCCAUUACCCAGAUUGCAAUGGAACUGGAGCAGAGUUCUACUUUAAAUGUGGUGCACACCCAACCUCUGCCAAUGAGACAUCGGUGGCUCUGAACCUGAUUACAACAAACAGUCGCAGUAUCAGCUGUAUCACAUGUACCGAUGUCAGAAAUCCUGUGUUGGUGUUCCAGUGUAUCCAUCGCCAUGUCAUUUGCCUAGACUGUUUCCAUUUAUACUGUGUGACAAGGUUGAAUGAUCGACAAUUCGUUUAUGAUCCAGUGCUCGGUUAUUCCCUUCCUUGUGUGGCUGGCUGUCCAGACUCCUUGAUUAAAGAGCUUCAUCACUUCAGAAUUCUUGGGGAAGAACAGUAUAACCGAUAUCAACGCUAUGGAGCUGAGGAAUGUGUCCUGCAAAUGGGAGGAGUCCUCUGCCCCAGUCCAGGGUGUGGAGCAGGCCUACUCCCUGAACCAGAAGUGAGGAAAAUCACAUGUGAACCAAGCAACGGCCUGGGCUGUGGGUUUGUCUUCUGCCGUGAUUGCAAAGAAGAGUACCACGAAGGGGAAUGCAGCACCCUCUUUCAAGGCUCAGGAGCAACAGCCCAGGCCUUUAUGGUGGAUGAACGAGCUGCUGAGAGAGCAAGAUGGGAGGAGGCCUCCAAAGAAACAAUCAAGAAAACAACCAAACCUUGUCCUCGUUGUCAUGUACCGGUGGAAAAAAAUGGCGGAUGCAUGCACAUGAAGUGCCCUCAGCCUCAAUGCAAGUUUGAAUGGUGCUGGAACUGUAGCUUGGAAUGGAACCGAACCUGCAUGGGAGACCACUGGUUUGACGUAUAGCUCAGUAACAAAAAAGCUUCACUGACUACCCUGAGAGAAGUGGUAACAACUCAGUUGGCCCACAGGCCUCCUGUCCUUUUAACAUUCUUCCUUUUCACAUGAACAUUACAUAUCUUCCAAAUUUCACUCGAGACAAAUUACGAUAGAAUACCAUUUUUAGAUCCCAUUUUAAACACUCUUUUAGAAUCUCAUGAAUUGGAGCAUGCUAAAUGAAAGACAAUUCAAUGUUGUUUACCAACUUCUGUAAUGUACAGAUACAACAGGGUAGAUUCCAAGUGGAGUUUAAGGAUUAACUGUGGAUUACCUGUCUUCUGUGAAUUUAAAACAAACUUGAAUCACCAUAUGACUGCCGCUCUCUCAGGUUUCAUUUGUAUACUUGACUUAUAGUUUAAAAAAUAUAUAUUGUUAAAUGAGUCAGUGGAAUGAUUUGAAGAGAUCUUUUGUGGCUUAUCAACAGUGGGUGUGUUCUAGAUUGAUUAAGUGGUUAACUCUUUUUUUUGAAAAUGUGGGUCACAGCUUCAAUACUCAUACCUCCAUUUAAAUUUUCACAAUACCAAAGGCAGAAGUCAUAAUUUAUUGGGGAAACUGUUUGCUUGCUUUUGAGAAUAAACCCAAUUGGUAAUCUUAAAUUGUAUUGGUGAGAUUGUAGCUAAGCAUAGUUUGCCAUAUCAAAUGAAUAGGAAGGAGAAAGCUCAUUUGAAUUUUGAAAUGCUUAAAUUAUAGGGAAUUAAUUGAAACCUAGUAUGCUCCUAUGGCAUCUUGUUAAUUUUCAUCUUAGAAAAUAAUUUUCUUAAAUCUUUUAGGAGUGUCAAAUUUUAAUUUUAAAAAAAUAGGCAUUUCUGAGCUUGAGGACUUUUUUUUUAACAAUUCGGAUCCAUUGUGAAGUUUAAUAGAGAUGCUGAGUCACAAAAUUAGGUGCCUGUUAUAAAAAUAUGAUAGAAACUAAUUAGUAGUGGUGCUCAAUGUUAAUUUAAAAAAACAGAUUGUUAAACCAGAAUGUUUAUAAAUAUUAGCAUUUCUGAGCCUACAUAUAAUAUCCACCUGAAUCUCUGGCAAGAAAGAUUUAUAAUAAAGGGAAAUAAUAUGUUCCAAGUAUGUUAGCUCAGCAUCUCUACUAAUGCCCUAUUAGUUUGGAAGACUAUUGUUUCCCAAAUGGGUAGAGCCCAGGGUGGUCUAUAAGCAUCCAGGGGUAUUCAUAUUUUCCCAGGGAGAUUUAUUUUAAAGAUGUGAUACACUAAAAAUCAAGUGAGCAUAUUCAAAGUAGGAUCUGAUGACAUGGCUUGGAUCUCAAUGGAUGCUUUGAACUCCAUUUGGUGCAGCAGUAACAAGCAAGGAAUGUCUAAGGCUGUAUUCAUGUUUGUUGAUGUCUGUUAAAUUCAUGAUAAAAGGAAAUUUUUAAAAAUAGUUUUAGUAAUAGUACUAGUUUUGCCUUUUAAAGUAAUAAUUUUCAAGUAAGAAAGAAUUGUGCCACAUGCACCAAAGAAGCAUUCUUUCAACAUAAUUCAUAAGUGAAAAAGUAUUACUCUCCUGAAUAGCUACUGUCUUUAGAUGAGUCAUUUGACUAUUCUCCGGAAGAACAUUAGAGCAACUGGUAAUGUCAAGAGUUGCAUCAGUACAUGAAUCUAUUAAUGUCGUUUUUAGGUCCCUAGUAACUUAAAUCUAUGAUAUAACUUUUGUUUUAAUGUAUAAUUUUUUUAAGUUUUAGUCCAUAAUGCUUUAAUCCAUCCAUCUUUAAAGCCAUGAGGCUUUAAAGACCUGUUAGAAGAAAGUUUAGUCUCAGAAGGACAGACAGGAGCAUACCAUCCUACUUGUGCCCCACCUGCCCCCACUUUGACAUAAAUCAACUUCUAUUUCUUCCUAACUCUACCCUGCCUUGCCUUUCACCUCUAGGGAUGCUUCAGACAGUACAGGGCAAAGAGAGUAACAUAGUCACGGCAUAGGAGUGGCGGUGCCUUGACCACCUUCUCUGGGCCUUGCCCUCAUGACAAAAACCACUGGGAGCCCCCUUUAUGACCCUGAGGCUGCCAAACCUGCAAUUCUGUACCCUGGUCAGUAAGCUGAGAAAACCCAGUGAAAUAUCCCAAUGAGAAGUGGGAGAGUCAUAAAAGUUACUUCCUACAGGUCAUGAGUCAAUAAUAUCCCACUGGUGACUCAGAAAUCCCCUCACUGUCAUGACGCCCAAAUAAGACUUCCUGGGUAAGAAUAGAAGUUGAAUAAUUGAUGACCAGCUCUCCUACAACCAACAGCCCCUGACUGGUGACCGUAUGGAUGCAGCUGUGGCAAGAUCAAAUGCAAACUCAUCUCUUUAGGUCAUUUGGCCUAAUGCAGACUCCUCUAUUGUCUGGUAAUGUCUUUUUUUCUUGAUUAUUAAUGGCUACCUGCUUCUAAAUGUGUGAUGUUUCGGUUUAGUUGAUUUCAACAGAGAUUAUUUACACAGGGUCAAUUCUGUUGCAUCUAUAUCCUAAACUAUUUUGCUUUAUGAUAUAAUCAUAUAAUAUAAUAUUUAAUUAUCUGCUUUUUUUUGGUGAUAGCUAUUUUUUGUUCCAGGAAGGAAAAAUGAGUUUGAGUCAUUAAAAGUGGGGAGAAAAAAAAAACCCAACUGAUGAAUGAAUAAGUGAUAUUAUCUUCACAUCACAUCAAUACUAAACAUGAAAUAUGUAUCAAAGUUCUCAGCAUAUCACGAAAGACAGAAAUAAAAGUUCUUUACAAAAGUAUCUUUGUUUUCUAUGCAACACCUAAAUGUGUCCUUCAGUGUGCCAGCAAAAACAAUCAACAGCAUGCUUGUAACUUUGUUUGACGAUGUAUUUCAAUAAACGUUGAAAACACG